GUUAACAAUAUGUCAGCCCCCAUGGACAAAAACAACUCUUCGGUUUCUGCAGAAGAACAUAGAAAUAACACAAGGCAGGAUGAGAAAUUUAAUACAUUUAAGAACAUCAUGUUUAUGAGUAGCGUGGCAGGAGCGGCAAUGGUAUUUGGGUUUGGAUUGACGAUAGCCAGGGUUCGCAAGAAGGACCCAGCAAUGUUUCAAACAAGACUGAGAGGUGAAUCAGGAGAGGCACUAGAAAGUCCCAGUUCGCUGGGCCUGCGUGCCCUUGGCUGGGGAACUUUUUUUGCAUGCUCUGGGUUUGGAAUAAUGACUCUGGGCAUUUGUAAAAUACUAGGUGUUAAAAAUGUUGAAGAAUUCAAAAUCAAGUUUCAAUCUGUUGCACCACAAAUAAGACGUAAUCCAGAGGACAGUACAAGCUUUGACGAGAUCACAAAUGAAGUUCUUGAAAAAGAUAAAACUUGAAUCUGAUUGGUUAAACCACAUGCAGUGUCACAUGACUGGCAAUGCCCUGUAUACACAUAAUAUACAUGGCUGCUAUGAAAUGUACCAGGGGCGGAUCCAGUAGGGAGACACGGGAGCACGUGCCCCUCCCACCUGUUUUGCCACUAAAUUUUAAAAAUUUCAAUGCAAAUCAAUGUUAUGUGUUACUCACCUAUUCUGCCCAUGUUUGAAAAAUUCUGGAUCCGCCCCUGUGUACGAAA